UUAUUGUUUGCCCCAACUUUAUUCAAUAUCCAUUGUUUAUUGUUUUUAGCAAGCAGCUGGGUGGAAAUAAUGCAGCUGUUUGCAGCUAUAAAAACGUUGUGCCAAGAAAAAGUUAAAUCAUUUUGAAAAAUGCAAAUUUACGCAAUAUUACUACUAAUCUCGCUAGCCGCCCUUUCUGAGGCAUCGGGGCGUGGCCGUAGUCACAGUAUUACGUGGGGCGCCAGGAGCUACAGGGAUAUGCAUUUGCGCAGGGAGAUCAUUACGGAGAAGUCCAAGUUCCUGCGCGUGGUGACCAGAGACUAUGUGUUUGAACAAAAGAAACUGGCACGCACCAUCACACAAAUCGUGAUCACGGAUCAGGUGCGGGAUGGAAAUGGAGGCCAUGCCUAUCUCACCGAGGGUGGACCACAGACCACGUAUGCCAAGAUCCACUUGAAGAGUCAGCGGAAUCAGGGCUUCAGUUUCAUCAUCGACAUCUAUGGCAUUUAA